AACAAACCUGAAAAGACAGACACUAAAUGUAAAAACAUGAUUAUAUUUUUAAAAUGGAAACUAGAGUACAGGCCUUCAAAAUAAAAUCAACAUCAACAACAAAAUCAGUUUUACACAAUGACACAAAUCUGACUCUAAAGUGAGGGAACAUAAAACUGUUUAUAUAAAUGUAUGAAAAUGUGGUUUUUCUGUAAAUCUUCUGUUUUCAUUCAGAAGUUUAAUCUUCUGUUUCAGUCCCGAUUUUUAUUUUUACCAUCUUCUACAGGAGAUGAUGAGAACUGACUGAAGAGCUUUAGCUCACCAGCAUCCAACAUUCCAGAGGUUCAGAGGCGUCCUCAGGUGUCACCUCACCUGUCUCACCUGGACGCCAUGUUUGUUUAGUUUAGCUUAGUUUAGUGUGCAGUAAGAUGGCAGCACAAAAGAAAACAUCAUAUCUCUGAAGUCAUUAAUGGAGUGUGUGUGUGUGUGUGUGUGUGUGUGUGUGUGUGUGUGUGUGUGUGUGUGUGUGUGUUUGUGUGUGUGUGUGUGUGUGAAUCAUCAAAACUCCUGGAUGAAUUGAUCAUGAGAGUAUUGGCUCAGUGACCAUCACAGGACGCUGAUGAUCUGAUAAAUGACCUCGGAGUGUCAUUUAUCCCUCCAUCAUCCCGCAGCAGCAGCAGCCUGGCUCAGCUCGGCUCAGCUCGGAUCGGUUAUUCCGCCUCAGAUCCGCAUCAAAACUGGACCCAAACGACCCGAGCGAGCUCCCGGGGGGACACGAGCUGAGCCCCGCGUGCCGCUCCCGGUGAGGCUGUGAGCCGGAGCGACGCGCGCGGACCGGGACUCUGUCGCUGCUGAAAUUUUAUUCUGCGCAUGAUGACGCGUUGCCGUGUGCGCUCCGCUCCGGCGCCGCUCGGCUAGCAGCGGCAGCGGCAGGAAGUAUGCUGUCGAAGCGGCGGUGGGGAAAGACCCGAGAACCAAAAGUCGGUGGUUGAACGGGAGGAGGAGAAAUAACAAUGCCUAACCCGUGAAACCUGCACAUUCCGCAUCUCCGCGCCGUGCAUCGUUCACCUCGCGGGCGCAGAGGCCAAUUGAGGGUGAUACCUCAUUGGCUGGUGUGACCCACCCCCUCCCCCAGGCCCGCCGCCUCCCAAGGUGGGCCCUGAUUGGCUGGACCAGCACUUGGGGAGAAAAUGGCCGCCACCACCUCUGCCCUCAGCUGAAGAGCUAAGCUCCACUGUUUCCUCCCCCACCUCCCUAACAUCACUGUUCAUUGCUGUGUUGUGAACCGUGAUUCUCUCCAACUGAUUCGCUGUAGAGUACUAUGGCAAUGCAUGAUAUGAGUCGUGCCAAGGGUUUCCCCUGUAAAGAGUGUGAUAUGGUUUGCCCGAGUACUCCAAGUCUUCUAGAACAUAUGAAAGCACAUUAUCAGCAAGAAGAGACCGGACGUUUUGAGUGUGAACAGUGUGGCCGAGUUUACAAGCACGCUGCUAGUCUAGCUAAUCAUAAAAAGUCUCAUGAAGUUGGUUCAUUCCAGUGUCCUGUUUGUACCCGUACCCUCCCCAACGCGGUCGCUUUGAAGAACCACCUUCGUAUCCAUACUUUGUCCCCUAGUAGUGCACACACAGAAGAAGAGAGCGAAGAAGUAGCUGAAGAAGCAGGCCACGACGAGAGAGACUACGGUCUCGCCCAGGACCUCUCCGACGGGUUUGGGCGCUCUCAUUUGAAUAACAGUGGUAUGGGACAUAGUGUCCUACAAAGCCACGAGACAGACGACCACGGAAAAAAAAGCUCCCCUGAAUCUGACGACGCUUGGGACAGACCAUUCAAGUGUGAUCAGUGUGACAGAACCUACCGGCAUCACGGUAGUCUGGUGAACCACAAAAAGUGUCACCAACAAGGAACUUUUAAGUGCUCUGUGUGUUUCAAACAAUUUAGCAACCUGGCUGCCUUAAACAGCCACGAGAGAACUCACUCGAAGUUCAAGACCCCCGGUGCAUCCAUGGUGAGCAGCAGCAGUAGCAGCAGCAGCCUCCAUGACUCGGAGCGCAGCAGUGGCACUCAGUCGUCCCAGAGCGACGAGACAGCCUCUUGUUUCUGCCACCUGUGCCAGGUAGCACUGCCGAACAAGGCGGACUUCCAGGAGCACAUCCUGCUGCACAACACGGCCUCACCUUCCCUUGGACUGCCACGCAGUUUCCCAGGCAUCAUGCCUCACAAUCUGAGUGCAGUUAGAUCGCCAGCUUACACCCCAGCCCUGGGGGAUCCUCUGCCCCUGCCACCUCUGCCCAGUGACAAAAGAGGUCCCUAUGACCCCAUAAUGGGCCCUCCAGUCAACAAUCCCAUCUACACAUGUGCAUACUGUGGAGCAGGACACCCAGAUCUGGAGACCCUUAAAGUCCACUAUCUAACCCACGAUCCUCACCCUGCUUCCCAUGGCCAGGACAGCUCCAUCCUCAACUCAGAUACACUAAGUUCUGGAUCACAGGGCUCGGUGUCAUCUCCCUCUGGAGGUCGUGUUCCCCAGGCCAAUUCUCCAGAUGAUGGAGAGCGGCGCUUUAAGUGUGGAGAGUGUGGGAAAAGUUACCGGCAUGCAGGAAGUCUGGUCAACCACAAACGCUGCCAUCAGACAGGCCACUACCAGUGCACCAUCUGCUGUAAGCAGUACCCUCACCUGGCAGCGCUACACAGCCACCUACGUAGCCACAAAGGACGUCCCUCCAAUCAGCCUAUUAAUAACGACAGCAAUGACUGGCUAUCUCCAGAGCCACUAACUCUGGACUCCCAGCAGAGCUACGUCCAGGAAGGCAGUGGUGCCACCACUCCAAUCUCACUGCCAGGGAAUCUUGGUGAUGCUGCCCACUUUGUUCCAGAUGGUGGCCACAGCAGCGGAUUGGACUCUCUUGAGUUCCAUGAUCGCUUUGACGGCAGCUCACUCUCUCAGAGCAACUCUGCUCACCGUCAGGCUGAUAGACAUGUGUGUGCUGAUUGUGGUGAGAUGUAUGGAGAUGUAUCCGGCAUCAAAUCACACAUGUGUCCUCGUCAUGGCCAGCAGCAACAGCAGCCACAACCGCAGCAGGGCAACAUGUCCAAUGGUUUUAUGGGGAACAUGAACUACCACAGCUCCAGUGGAACCUCACUCCCUGCUGGCAGCUCCAGCAGCCUGAAAGAAGGCGGCAGCCAACGACAGUACUCUCAGAGUGGAGGCAAAAGAAUGGGGAGCAAUGACAAAGAUGAGGAGGACGAUGGAGAAGUGUAUCAGUGCUCGGUGUGCGGCAACCACUACGCCAGCCUCAGAGCUCUCAGGAGCCACCUGCGUAGCCAUGCCAAUAACCCAACAGGACCAGGACCUUCCAACUUGGAGCAGGAUUGGAGAAUGAUCUGCUCCACCUGUGGCCAGAGCUUCUCCAGGAAGCAGGACCUCCUGAAUCAUCAGUUAGUCCAUGGCCCCCAAAGGCCAGAUGGCCAGCAACAGGGUAUUGGAGGCAGCUCAGCAAAUGGAAAUGACAAGAUGGAUGGACGCAACCACAUUUGUGUUGACUGUGGCAUGUUUUUCGCUGACCGCCACCACCUCAUCACCCACCUGUGCCCUGGCAAGAAUCGGGCCAGCUCGCUAAACAAGCAGGGCCUGAAUGGAGCCAAAGGGAUGUCCGGAGGAGAUGGUGUCAGUGGUGGGGUUGCCGGAGGGAGCCGUGAUGUUGGUGGCGAUGGUCGUAGGCCUAUGGUUGACCAAAGCGACAAGCCCCAUAAGUGCGACCAAUGUGGACGAGGAUACAGACACCCCUGCUCGCUCCUUAACCACAAGAAGUCCCAUAAGACUGGUGUAUUUCGCUGUUUGGUGUGCCAGAAACGCUACUACAAUCUGCUGGCUCUCAAGAAUCACCAAAGGACCCACUUUGACCUGAAGAGGCACAAGUGUGAGGAAUGUGGCAAGGCCUUCAAGAUCCAAAAGCAGCUGAUCAACCACCUCCGUCUCCACGAGGAGCAUCGCGCCAAAGGUCUUGUUCGGACUGGCCCAAACGGUUCACGCUUCCAGCAACCCGGCCCAUCUCAAAUGCAGACUAUGAGGGGAGAGACAUCAAAGGGCCAGGUAAUGGGUGUCAAAUAUAGUCAUCAAGGGUUCAAAAAGCCCUACUCUUCAGCCGGAACUUCCAGGCCUCAGAAGUUUGACCCAGCUGAAAGCGGACGACGGCCUUUUGCCUGUGAAGAAUGUGGAAAGACAUACCGACAUGCAGGCAGCCUAGCCAAUCACAAGAACCUUCACAAAAUUGGGGAGUACCACUGCAAUGUUUGCAACUCUACAUACCCCAAUAGGCUGGCAAUGAAAAACCACCUACGUCUCCACUUUGCCCAGAAGAAGCACAACUGCCAAGAGUGCGGCAAGGGUUUCCGCACUCAGAGGCAGCUAGCUACCCACACUACAGCUGGCCUGUGCAAAGGCCCUCAAGGUCCUGGGACCCAGAUGGAUUUUGAGUGCGAUGGCUGCUGUGAAGGCUUUGCCACAGCUGAUGAGCUUGCAGCCCAUGACUGCCCAGCCCAGCAUCUGCCUUCGUCCUCCUCCACCAACAGCUCUACCAACAUCAGCAUGGAGAGAAGCUCUGUGGAUCUGGACUCUGAUGAGAGACCCUACGCCUGUGACCUGUGCAGCUGCGCCUACAAACAUGCGAGCUCCUUGCUGAACCACAAGCACACACACAAGACAGGCAACUUCCGGUGCAACUUCUGUGACAAGCCCUAUACCAACUACAUGGCGCUGCGCAACCACAUGCGCAUCCACACGCAGCGGAAGAAGCACAUCUGCCACACAUGUGGGAAAGCCUUCCGAUUGGCAAGGUUCCUCCGCAACCACCAGAAGGUCCACGAGGAGGGUGCUACCCCCUUCGGCUGCCCCACCUGUGGGAAGAGUUUCCAGGGGAGAUCCGGUCUGGCCAGGCACCGCUGCGGGGACAACCAGGUAGGCAUGGAGGUCAGGAGGAAGGCCACUGCACCCACGGGAGAGGGCGAAGAGUGUCGGUACACAUGUGAUCAAUGUGGCCGCUCCUACCGCCAUGCCAGCUCCCUCCUCAACCACAAGAACACCCACACUGUCGGCAUCUACCACUGCGCCGUGUGCCUCAAGACCUACUCCAACCUGCUUGCCCUGAAGAACCACCGUCGUAUCCACUCUGAGACGCGACGUCACCGCUGCCACGACUGCGGCAAGGCUUUCCGCGUUUCCUCCCAGCUCUACAACCACCGGCGAGUCCAUCAGAAGCAGCGGGAGCUGACCUGCCGGUCCUGCCAACGAGCCUUCCCUACACAGGCCAGCUUCAGGCUCCACAUGGAGAUCACCCAUGGCCAGGCACCACAGCCCCGCCAGCCCAGAACCCAGCAGCCCCGACCAGGGGGCUCCCAGGAGCUGGGCUGGGGGUCGGGCCUGGACCUCACCUUGAUGCAAGAGCAAGGACUCGACCCCAGCAGCAUGGCCAAAGCCCGCAGCCGUGGGAGCAACAGUGAGGUCAUCAAGUCCCACGUCUGCGACCAGUGUGGCCGGUCUUACCGCCACGCCAGCUCCCUGCUCAACCACAAGAACAGUCAUAAGACCGGGACCUACUUCUGCAACUCUUGCCAGAAGGAGUUCCCCAACCUGAUGUCCCUCAAGAACCACCGGCGGAUCCACACCGAGCCCAAACGCUACCAGUGCCCAGACUGUGGCAAGUCCUUCCGCGUUUCCACGCAGCUCAUCUGCCACCGCCGCAUCCACACCAAGGAGAAGCCGUUCUCCUGCCAGCAGUGCGACAAACGCUUCUCCUCCAAGUCCAACCUGAGGCACCACAUGAAGGUGCACUGGAGCAGCUCGACGGCGCCCCCUCCCAUGGCCAUGGGUGCGCCCAACUUCCUGGAUCUGAGUCCGGUGAGUUCUCCCAGCAGCAGCAGCACCAAGAGCUUUGUCUGCGGUCAGUGCGGUCGGUCUUACCGCCACGCCAGCUCCCUGCUCAACCACAAGAACAGUCACAAGACCGGGACCUACUUUUGCAACUCCUGCCAGAAGGAGUUCCCCAACCUGAUGUCCCUCAAGAACCACCGGCGGAUCCACACCGAGCCCAAACGCUACCAGUGCCCUGACUGUGGCAAGUCUUUCCGGGUUUCCACGGCACUCGUCUGCCACCGGCGCAUCCACACCAAGGAGAAGCCGUUCUCCUGCCAGCAGUGCGACAAACGCUUCUCGUUCACGGUCCAACCUGAGGCACCACAUGAAGGUGCACUGGAGAGGUCCAUCACUAUCCAGAGGGACGUCGUCUGCCUUCCUUGCCGUCCCCUCCAGACCUUUCUAGACCUCACUGUUGCCCUCAUGACUUCGUCUUAGUCUGUACGAACACAACAACUUGCUGGACCACAUCCACAGUGAGAGGGUCUGAGUCUUAUGAGCAGCUGAAAACCUGAAAUUUAACCACAGCUGAAAACUUCAGCUUGAGUCUAAAUCAGGUGAAGUCUCAGAACUUUUUGAUCACACCUCAUCUAUUUAUCAAAAGGAGAAUUCAAACCACUCAAAUUUAGAUAGAUGGAUUUCAAUGGCAAAAAUCUCACAUCGACAAAUUAUUCAAACGUCAACAUUCAAGUUUUUAAUAGUGAUUAAAUUUCAUUAUCAGUUUCUCACAAGAUUUAAACUGUUCAUUUCUCUGCUUCCAUACUGUUCGAACAUGUCAACAUUUCUGAACUUUUCCUCGUCCAAACUGUACACCUGCAAACUAAAGCUCUCCACUGAAACUUAAAUAUUUGGGUUUAUCUCAGACCCAGUUUUUAGUUUUAAGUUCAGCAAGUUAUUUCCUGUGUCCACUGAUGGUGAAUGGGUCUGUGAGUUUUAUAAACUGUCCCAAAUGGACUUCUUUGUAUUUCCACUGACAGUAAAUGGGUGACAGUUUUGAUCUGACUCUGAGUUGAGUGUUGAACCUUCAGAGUUUGUUUCCUUGGGCGGUGUAUUUGUUGGGAUGUAUUUUAGGUUUACAGACUUCUGGUUCCUCUGCAGCUCAAAACACAAGUACAGGUGGAUUAUGGGUCUUGUAUUCUUUCCAUGGAUGGCAAUUUCUGCCACACUCUCUUCCUCCAAGUCCAAGCUUGUAAUAGACAAUUUUACAGUGGAGACUUGUGUGUGUUGAGAUUUUGGCAGAGGAUAGAAACUGUAGCUCCCUCUGAGAAAAUCUGUUUUUCUGGGAGCUUGGAUGUCUACAGGUCAGCUGAAAAACCUGUAAGCAUGAGCUGCACCAAAUGUUGAAAUCCUCAACUUCCUCUGACGGAGCAUUGAGUCCUGUGGAGGUAGUGUAAGAACUUUUAAAGUAUUUCCACCUUUUGCUUCAAGGAUAUGAAGAUGGAUUGAUGCAUCAGUGGGACAUUUAUGGACGAUCAGAGUUGCAGAGUGUCUGGUUCUUCAUGGAGAGCCUUAGUUUCACAGGGUUUAAAACCUGGACGACUUUUCCUCAUUUCACCGGUUUCAUUUCUGCGUUGGACCGAAUCAACCUCUUCAGCACCAAUGUUAACUGUAGAAGCUCAUUUCUGCCACUUAAAAAACAAAACAUUUUGUUUGUUAGUGUUUGGUGAAAUUUCAUAUAUGUUAUAUACAAAAAAAUGAAAUUAUAAUUUUUGCAUUUUUUUCUCAUAAUUACAAUUUAGCAUCUAGAAGAAACUGUAUCAUAAUGAGAAACUCUCAUAUUUACAGCUUGGAAAAAAAACAUGAAAAACAGUUGUGAUUAUUAGAAUUUCUCACUGGUAGAAGAUGUAACUGAAGUAACUGAGGAAGUAUAAUGUAACUGAUGAUUGACUUUCAUCUCUUAUGAAAUACUAUCCCAGUUAAAAGAAACUAAAGGAGGUUUUCUUAAUUAUGAGAAUCCUUUUCAUAAUUAUUACAUACUUUGUCAUAAUUAUGACAAACUAAAUCUUGAUUAUGAGAUAAUAAAUUGUAAUUAUGUAACAGUUAAUGAAAAAGAAAACAAAACAAUAAACCCAAAGAUUAAAAAAAUAAAUCUUCUUAAGUGGCAGAAAGGGGCUUCCGUACACUCCUGCUCUAUAAGAUGCCGCCCAAAUCUGAAAACUGAAUUUAUUCAUCUGUUGUCUCUCAAACUUGAUUCCUGGUGGAUUUCUGUCACGGACAAAGCUGAUGAUUGGGAGCCAUGUAGUUUUGUCUCUGAAGAAACUCACACAAACAGACUUCAGCCUGCAGACCAGCAACAUCCUCAUCAGACGACGUUAUAACGUCAGCAAUUUCACCCUCGUCCGUCUUCAUCACUUUAUAUUUGUGGAAUCAUUUUGUUUUCUUUUGGGCACCUGUAUUUUCUGACUCUGUGCCUCACAUAUAUAGAUAGUUGAAGGGUUGUGGUACAAAACUAAUGAGAAGUAGAGAUUUAAAAAGUAAUGAUGUGAUGAUUGUGUGUCUUCUGCUUUCACUUGGUCACAAUCUGCAGCUGUUUUCACUUCUUGGAAGAAAAACAUUUACUUUUGUAAAAAUGUGUCUAAUGUAGUCAAAUAAUCCGUGAGAUUCAGGGGCGUCUCUGUUAAGAUUCGUUUCUCCAUUUUUAAGAAAUGCAGUUUUGUGAAUUGACCAAAAAGAGACAAACACCUGCAGUUACUGUGGCGGCCAUUUUUUGUCCCUUCCUCAAAAUUACAUCUCUGCAGCUCAGUGCUUCCACCAAAGGAAGAAAUUAGAAACAUUUUCUCACAUUUAUUCCUUAAUCUUUCAUAAUUAUGAGAUACACAACAAUUUCACUAAACUACAAUUACACACAACUAUAAGACCUGUGUCCAGUAAUUAUGAGAUUGUUUUGUUGCAGUUAUUAAAUCUUUUCUUGUAGUUGUGGGAUUCUGAAAUGAUGAGAAACUACAGAUCUCUUAUUUAAGAGAAAACAUGCUCUCAUAAAUAUGAAAUUCUUUUCUAGGAAUUAAAAGAUCCUUUCUUCAAAUUGUAGAAUUUUGAAAUUGUAGAAUUUGAUUGCUGCAAUUUCGAGAUACAGAUCUUUAAAUUCACUUGUUAACUGUGGCAAUUUUAAUCAUAAUUCCUAUCAUCAUGAGAAUGAGGAAAUUAUUUCAUAUGAGAUCCAUAACUCAUAAGUAAGAGAAUGUUUUCCUGUAAUUACAAGAGUAAAUAUUAUAUUUAAAAUUUGUAAUUAAUAUUAUAUAAAAUAAUAUUUUCUCAUACUUAUGAGAAAUUAAGACAUAAUUGUGUAAAAAUAAAAAAUAAACAAAACAAGAUAAUAUAAUAAGCAAACACAAUCUCGUAACUGAUAUUAUUUUGUUGUUCUGGUCGUUACGACAUGAAGUUAAGAGAAAACAUCUCUAACUGUUGAAUUCUAACUUCUGUCUAACUGGUGAAUUCACUGUGUAAUAAAAUGCUUUUGUGCUGCUCGAGCUGAAACACAAAGUUUGCAGAUGAUCACAACAAUCUGCUUUAUUUGAGUUGGGGAUACAAAAUGGUUCAGUAGAAAGCGACUAGUAGAAACAUAGCAGUAGACUCUUGGUGCUGUUUGAUUAGAUAAUGUAUCGUCAAUGUACCUCUGUAUCAUAACCUCUGUAUGACCUUUUAUAUACAAACAGAUAACUGUAGAAUGCCUUUAUUUCUAACUAAACGGACUGAUCUUAAUGAGACCUGACGAAGCAGCUGUUGGUGAGAAAUGGUUGAAAACGUCACUGAAAGGCACAAAAUAAAAAUUCUAACUAAAUCUAAAUUUGAAAUUUAACUAAUAAAUAAAAAUUGUUAAAAUCUAAAUGUAAAUGUAAAUUUUAAAUAAAUUGAAAUUUUCAGGCUCCAACUUCACUUCCAUAAAAACAAACAAACAAAAAAAAAAAAAACAUAUUUACCUUUUUGUUUCUUCUUGGUGGUAUUUACUGUAGGCUUUUGUUUUUGAGUUUGUAAAACGGGUGAACAUCCCUAAAAACUAGAAGCCACAAAUAUUCACUACAACACCAUGUGUGGAUUAAUCCGCCUGUGAAAAUAGUGCGCAACAAAGGCUUUAUAUAUUUUCCUGUUUGUUUGAUAAAAAGUGAGCAGCUGUUCUAGGAAAUUACUAAAAAUGACAUUUAUUGUGUUUUUACAGCUCAACAUCUUCAGUAGGAACCAAUGAGCUGUGGUCCACUUCUCCUCACCUGGAUGGAAAAUGUCCUGAGGUCAAAGAUGUAAAGGAGAACUGAUGAGGACUCAGGAAACCAGAGUGAAACCAUGUGUGUGUUGCUUUAAAUGCUGCAGCCACAAGGAAUCAUGGGACUACACUAAGGUCCAGUGUCUCCUCUGCUGAAGGAGAUAAAACAGGAAGCACUGAAGCUCCUUUUGUCAGAGACCUGGUCCAGGUUUGAUCAGGUCUGAGACUUGAAACCUUCCAGCCGUGGUAAAGGUUGUUGUUUGUGCAGAUCCAACAGUUCACACCUGAGUUCACUCUCCUCUUCAUCCAGGUGAACCUGCUCAGUCAAGUCUCUGCAGGGUCCUAGUGCCCAGCCUCUCUCCUCAUUUAAUGUUUUUGAAACUAAACUUUUGGCUGAAUUUAUUCCCCCUCCCUCGUCAUCACUGAUACACCGAGGUGAAUACCACCAAGAAUGAAAGUUUUUUUCUGUUCCUGAGUUUGACUCUGAUAAAAGCCUGUGACGUUCAGCUGCUGUGUGGAGGCUGGUGAAACGCUGCUGUGAGGAUUUCUGUCUGUCUCUGCUUUUUGUGCUUCUCUCACUUUGUUCUGCAUCUGCGUUUUUAUAAAUAAAUCCUGUUUCUACACCGUG